AUGGAGAGCGGGGGGGCGCUGAACGGCUCCGCCACCGCCGCCGGCCGCUUCCCCACCGCGGGCACGGCAGCGCUGGGAGCGCUCAUGGCCCUGCUCAUCGCCGUCACCGUGGCGGGCAACGCGCUGGUCAUGCUGGCCUUCGUGGCGGACUCCAGCCUGCGCACCCAGAACAACUUCUUCCUCCUCAACCUGGCCAUCUCGGAUUUCCUCGUAGGUAAAGUGCCGCCAGCGGGGCGCCCGCCGCACCGGCACGGCCCGGCAGCAACUCGGCGGCGGCGGGGCGGGCAGCGCUCCCGGGGCUCCGGCUGCUGCCCCCGGGCCUCCCCGCUCCCCUCCCGCUGCCCCCCGGCCGCUCCCUCCGUCUGGGAGCGCAGAGGGAAGGAAGGACCCGCCCGGGUCCCUCGGGGCGGCCACCGGGCAGAGCCCGAGUCCCACCGGGAACGGACCCCUCCGCUUGCAGGUGCCUUCUGCAUCCCCCUGUACGUGCCCUAUGUGCUGACGGGGAGAUGGAUCUUCGGGAGAAGCCUCUGCAAACUCUGGCUGGUGGUUGAUUACUUGCUGUGCACCUCUUCGGUCUUCAACAUCGUACUGAUUAGCUACGACAGAUUCCUCUCGGUGACAAGAGCGGUCGCCUACAGAGCCCAGCAAGGCAAUACCAGGCAAGCAGUGCUGAAGAUGAUGAUGGUGUGGGUGUUGGCAUUCCUGCUGUACGGACCUGCCAUUAUCAGCUGGGAGUACAUAUCAGGCCAGAGCAUCAUCCCCAUCGGGGAAUGCUACGCUGAGUUCUUCUACAACUGGUAUUUCCUCAUGACAGCCUCCACGCUGGAGUUUUUCACCCCUUUCAUCAGCGUGAUGUUUUUCAACCUGAGCAUUUACCUGAACAUACAGAAGCGCACCAAAAUGCGGCUGGAUGUUUUCCACGAAGUGCACAACCAGUCCUUCACUGAAGAGAUGGAAAGGAGCCCAGAAGCAAAGCUUUCUUUGAAAUGCUGUAAGUGGGAGCAGAAGGAGUCAGCUGAAACCCUCGACCUCUCUAGGAGCAAAGCUCAAGCACCAACCUCCACUUCCAGCCUGGAUGCCAGAGACCUGCUGGCAACAAGCUCAGAGAGCUCCAGAAAACCCAAGUGUUGCAACAAAAAGAGCUGUAAAAAUUCAGCCUCCACUCUGUCCUCAGAGAAACAGGUGAAGAUCAUGUCCCAGAGCACAACUCAACGCUUCAGGCUCUCUAGAGACAAGAAAGUGGCCAAAUCACUGGCAAUCAUUGUGGGCAUUUUUGGGAUUUGCUGGGCACCGUACACUCUCCUGAUGAUCAUCCGCGCUGGCUGCCAUGGUCAGUGCAUCUCUGAGUUCUGGUAUGAGACUUCUUUUUGGCUGCUGUGGAUCAACUCAGCUGUCAACCCUGUCCUGUACCCUCUCUGCCACUCCAGCUUCAGAAGGGCUUUUAUUAAACUCCUUUGUCCCAAGAAGCUGAAGAUUCAGCCUCACAAUGCCCUUCAGAACUACUGA